GACGCUGGUGAAAGCAUAUCAUAUGAGAGACAUUAACCCCAGUAACGCAAAAAGAAGGCGUGUUAGUUCUUGCAGGAAGCCAAGGUCAGAAGAGCUCAAAGAUUUCACUAAAGAUGUGUCGUCAGUGCGUUCCUCUGAUUUCGGGUUUGGUACAACAAGUACUGGUGGGUCGACAGCACCAAGUGGAGGCGGAUUCACUUUUGGGGCAACUAAUCCAGGGACGACAACGGCUCAAGGCUUUGCUUUCGGAACGGCAACAACCACGGGCACAUCGACAGGAACGACAGGCUUUAGCUUUGGAGGCACGAGCACGGCGGGCACAAGCACUGCGGCGUCUACAGGUUUUAGUUUCGGAGGGACGAGCACUGCGCCGAAGACGACUGCUAGUUCUACAGGAUUCACUUUCGGAAACACCAGCACUGCGGGGGCAGCGACAGGAACAACAGGUGGUUUCAGCUUCGGUGCACCGGCCACAAGUGCCCCUGGAGGUUUUAGCUUCGGCACUGCUGCCAACCCCACCACAAGUGCAUCUCCCUUUGGUGCUACAUUCGGCGCAGCCGCACCGGCCACCACUGCAACCACACAAGGGUUUGGCUUUCUGACUAACUUUGGUGGUGGUGGAGGUGGUGGAGGAGGUGCAGGAGGCAGCGGUGGCUUUCCCAAGCCAGCAACCUCCUUUGGGCCUGGAGGCUUUGGAAGCCUUACUAAUACAGUACCUGGAACGGGUUAGUAAGUAUGGAUGCGUGAAGAGAAAGAGAGAAGCGGCCCGCGCACCGUCUGCCACUGCUCCUCGCAUACCCCUCAUAUGCCCCACGCUCCCACCUCCUUACUUUACUUGCUUCUGUCGUUUAUAGUAGCUUUAGUGUAUUGUUGAGAGAGAGUGAGUGAGUGAAUGAGUGUUCAGAGCACCACUACCCCAAUACUCACCCACCUCGUACCUCUCACACCCAUGCCCUGCUUUUUUGCCGUUGGCUGCGUAGUAAGAGAUAGGGACACCGUUUGCUUUACUGCUGUGGGAGAAUGAGUGUUUUUUGCAUACAUACAUACAUACCCCUCCCCCUUACACCAUCUCAUUCCCUCUACCCCAAACCUUCUCUCUCCACUCUUAUUUCAGGCCAUGUAGUGGGCAUUGAAUUUCUGCGUGGAGUGAAUGAGUUUACCCUUACAGUGAAUGUAUAGUUUGUUUACCAAGUUUUCCUUAUCUUUGAUGGCUCCUCAAUAACUCCAGUUGUUGCUUUGUGCGAAUAGAGAGAGAGAGAGAAAGAGAGAAGAGGGAGAAAGAGAGGGAGAGAGAGAAAGAGAGGGAGAGAGAGAAAGA